AUGGCCAACAUCGAUGUUGACGCGAUUGUUGUGGGUGCUGGAUUUGGAGGUAUCUACACUUGUAAAAAGCUUGUGGACCAAGGCCUAUCUGUCAAGGUGAUCGAAGCAGCCCCAGAUGUUGGAGGAACCUGGUAUUGGAACAGAUAUCCAGGCGCUAUGUCGGACACACCCUCCAAACUCUACCGAUAUUCCUGGGAUCUCGAAGAUCUCCGACAGUAUCGUUGGAGCCGUGAUUAUUUGAAGCAGCCGGAGGUGCUAGCUUAUUUGCAGCACGUAGUGACGCGGCAUGAUCUGCGCCAGCAUAUGCAGUUCAGCACUGAGAUGAAAGCUGCUUCUUGGGAUGAAACCCGAAGUCUAUGGACAGUUUUGCUCUCCUCUGGAAAGAAGCUUACAAGCCACUAUCUUGUCACCGCUAUUGGGCUUCUGUCGAAACAGAACUACCCCGAUAUCCCCGGCCUAAAAUCAUUCAAUGGUGAAAUUUAUCAUACGGGGAGCUGGCCUGCUACACAUGACUUUAAGAACAAGAAAAUAGGAGUGAUUGGAAACGGGUCAACCGGCGUCCAAAUUAUAACGGCAUUGGCAGAUGAAGUCGAGCAAUUGGUAUCUUUCCAACGACACCCCCAGUAUGUUGUACCUGCAGGUGACAAGGAGGUAUCACCCGAGGUCCGACGUGAUAUUGACAAUCGAUGGGAGCAAAUCUGGACCCAGGCUAAAAACAGUAUGUUGGGUUUUGGAUUUGAAGAGAGCACUGUGCCAACUUUCAGUGUCAACCCGGAAGAGCGUGAAAGGAUCUUUGAAAAAGCCUGGAAAGAGGGAAAUGGCUUCAAUUUCAUGUUCGGCACCUUUUGUGAUAUCUCCUAUAACGAGGCGGCCAAUGAAGAAGCCCAGAACUUCAUCAAGAGCAAGAUUCGAGAAAAGGUGAAGGACCCAAUCAAGGCAGAGAGACUUAUUCCAAAGGACUGGUUUGCACGCCGACCAUUAUGUGACAUUGGGUACUAUGAAAAGUUCAACAAGCCUAAUGUGGAUAUUAUCGACAUUAAAGCGAACCCGAUCGCCGAAAUCACCCCCAAUGGCAUCCGUACACAGGAUGGAAGCGAAUGGAAGCUCGAUGUUCUUGUAUUUGCGACCGGGUUCGAUGCCGUAGAUGGAAACUACAAACGAAUGCCAAUUCUUGGUACAUCCCGAAGGUCCCUUGCAGACUCCUGGCGUGAGGGACCUGAGUCAUAUCUCGGAGUUUCAGUUCCGAAUUUCCCUAACCUGUUUAUGAUCUUGGGCCCGAAUGGUCCGUUCACCAACUUGCCUCCUACAAUUGAGAUCCAGGUCGAAUUCAUCUCACACCUCAUUUUCGAAGCAAAUAAAUCUGCCUCCGUCAACCCCGAGAGACAACCUUUGGUGGAGGCCGAACCUAACGCGACCAAGGAAUGGAGCACAACGUGUGACGAGUUGAGUGCCAACAGUCUGUUCCGAAAGACGGAUUCUUGGAUCUUUGGUGCAAAUGUUGCCGGAAAGAAGCCUUCGGUGUUGUUUUAUUUUGGCGGUCUUGCAAAUUACAAAAAGGUGCUGGAAGAUGUUAUCCAGAAUGGCACCAAGGGAUUUAAUACAUUUUAA